AUGUCUCCGGAAUCGCCUGACCGUCUCGUCCAUCGUCGCCGAUCUCUCUCCGCCUCCUCACCCAUCCCCCGCCGCCAGGCCGACGACGGCACGCGUAUAUCCACAAAACGGGCCCGUGCGCCCGCACCCCGCGCCCCCUCCUACAAGGCUCUGGCCCAUGACCAACCCGAAAAGUGGGACGUUGACCAAUGGCGCAGAGGGAAGCGCGCACGCCGCGACUCCCAGGUUCCGGGUUCCAGCUCGAGCGCGGGCUUUCUAGGCGAGCCCGCCCCCGCACCGCGAACUUCUCCGCAAACCUCCAUGCCCACCCUCGGCCUCCCGUCCUCGUCCGCCGCGUUCCAGUUCUUCUCCCAGAAGCCCCAAAAGACCACGCCUCGCCAGGCUCGGUCCAGGCGCGCGCGUUUAUCGCGGGAUGCAUCACCGCGAGAAGGCGACCAGAUUACGUCGGACGAGGCCCGCCGAAUGCGUGCCGACGCGCUAGGCGAACUGCACCGCAGCGUCGAAGAGGGCGGCGAGGGCCUCCUUCGCCGCAUGCAGGACUUCGAGAGAGCUGGUGGCCCAAUGCGUCCCCCACACGCCUCGCCCCGCCGGUCGUGGCGUCGCCCAACUUCUUACUACCGCACGCUGCAGGCGUUUGCCGCGCCGGAGCAAUCAGACGAUGACGACGACGACAUCUUCAUCGUGGACAAGCCGGCGGUCUCCCCCGCUGCCUGUCGCAGUCCGCCGUACAAGAAACGCGCGUUGUCGCUCAGCAUGAUGGAGGUCGACGUCCCGGAGGACGAAACGGAUUCCUCAGUGGGCCCCGUCCACUGCGAUCGCGGCUCUUCCCCCGUCCGCUCUUCCGGCCCCUCCGCCUACUCGUCCGACGACGAUGGACACGGCGAUCUGGACACCGAGCUGUCCUCAUCGGGUGUCUUCUCCACCCCCGCCCUCUCCCACACAUACUCCGCCUCAAACAACUCCUCGGUCGUCUCGCUUUCCCUGUUGCCCUGCGACAGUGGGAAUGCUAUGUCCCCUCCGACGGGACCGCCCGCGAUGGAGCUCAGGAGCCCCUCACCGCCUCCAUCCACUGCGACCCCCUCGGAGAAGGCCAUCGCCGCGCUGACGCUAGCCAUCGCCAACGGUGCCGCAGGCCUCAGCGACUAUGAGGCGCUCCGGAUGGCCGAAAGCCUGACCAGUCUAGAUGCGACCCACGCCGGCGAGCUCUGGGACUGA